GGCAGACGCUUAACGACUGAGCCACCCAGGCGCCCCAAAGUCCAAAUUCUUAAAUACAUCCGUUUAUCUGAUAAAUGUUCUCCAUGGAUUAAUUCGGUAAAUCCUCAUUCCAGCCCCAGGAAUUUCCCCCAUUUUACAGAGGAGGAAACUGAGGCAAAGAGACGUCAAGUGAUGUGACCUUGGGGUCGCCUUGCUAGUAAGGAAGGGGUGGGUCUGGGGAACCCGGGCUGUCCCAUUCCCAAGACUACCUUCCUAACAACCAUCUAGAUUUGCCACAAACCUGUGUCUGGUUCUGUUCUGAGUGGCCGCCUCUCCCUGAACCUGUGGUCUGUGCCCCCAUAGAUGCUGACGGGCAAGCCAGUUGCCCAGAAGUCAUCCAGCGACCUGCUCGAUGCCAGCAUGGCCUCAGCCACCUCUCGUUACCUUGAGGAGCAGCAGGCCACACAGCAGCUGAUCAUGGACCAACAGGACCAACAGCUGGCAAUGGUGUCUGGGAGCAUCUGGGUUCUGAAACACAUGUCCGGCCGUGUUGGGGAGGAGCUGGAUGAGCAGGGCAUCAUGCUGGAUGCCUUCGCUCAUGAGAUGGACCACACCCAGUCCCGGAUGGAUGGGGUCCUCAGGAAGAUGGCCAAAGUAUCCCACAUGACGAGUGACCGCCGACAGUGGUGUGCCAUUGUGGUGCUGCUGGGGGUGCUUCUUCUGGUUCUCAUCCUGCUCUUCUUUCUCUGACCCCGGCCCUCCCGAGGGCGCCGGUCCCUCCAGCCCGGGGAGUUGGCAAGGUCCUGCCCCCCCUGGGAGAAGCGGUUCCUUCCUGGGGAGCUGUCCCAAGGUUCUCAUCCAGAGCCAGUGGGACCCUCAGGGCCCUGGGCCAGAGCCCCUGCCACUCAUCCUGUCUCAAGUGCGCUUAGGAGGUGGUAGAGGUAGGGGAACCUCAGACACACUCCUCCCCACUUCUACUCUGGUACUCCAAAGCCCCUUGCUCCUGUGCCUUCUACACGUGCCAAUUUGGAAAUAAAAGCCCAGCCUUUUUUAUACGC